AUGAAGCUUCUGCCGUUAGUAUUGCUCCAGUGCUUCGUGGCACUAGUGGCGGCGUUUUCCGUCCCUAAAAAGGACUACUCUGCCAGACAAUACUUUAUCGUCGAAAUCGACCAUUCCCACCUGGCUGAAAACCUACACACGUUCAUCAACAAACACUCGGACUACCACUUUGAGCACCCUGUCCGGGGCAUGGACGAUCAUUUCGUGUUUAGUGUCGAGAAAGAUCACGAGCAUUUGCAGUUUUUGGGCAACCACAACUCCAACAACCACAAACUCAUGAAAAGAGCUCCAGGAUAUGAGGAUGCACACGACGCCUUGAUUAACCACCCAGGCUUGAAGCUGGUCCACAUGCUAUACCCCAAAAAGCUCGAGCGCCGGAGGCCCGUGCCUGUGGAUUUCGAGGCUGCCGAGGAAAUGGCCGCUCGGGAUCUUCAAAUCACGGAUUCUCUGCAAGAAGUGUUGAAAGAGGUGAGCGAGAAGCUCGGCAUCAACGACCCUCUUUUCCUUCGUCAGUGGCACUUGGUGAACACCAGGUAUCCAGGAAAUGACAUCAACGUUAAGAAUGUCUGGUAUGAGGGUAUCCGUGGCCACAAUGUCACAGUAGCCGUUGUGGAUGAUGGCUUGGACCACGACCUGGACGAUUUGAAGGCCAACUUCAACGCUAAGGGCUCGUGGGAUUUCAACGACAACACAAACUUGCCCACCCCUCGUCUUUUCGACGACUAUCACGGCACUCGUUGUGCUGGAGAGAUCGCUGCCGUCAAGAACGACGUUUGCGGUAUAGGUGUGGCCUACGAAGGCCAGGUCAGCGGAGUACGUAUCCUUUCGGCCGCAGUUUCGUCCGAGGAGGAGGCCGCCGCUAUGAUCUACGGCCUUGAAACCAACGAUAUUUAUUCAUGCUCAUGGGGCCCCACAGACAACGGCAAGACCGUUGCGGCUCCCGAUAUGAUUGUGCGCAAAGCCAUGAUAAAAGGCGUCCAAGAGGGCCGCCAAAACAAGGGUUCAGUCUAUGUGUUUGCAAGUGGCAACGGUGGUCGUGCUUUCGACCAGUGCAACUUUGACGGCUACACCAACUCCAUAUAUUCCAUCACUGUGGGCGCCAUCGAUCACAAGGACUUGCACCCUACGUAUGCCGAGGCCUGCUCAGCCGUUAUGGUUGUCACUUAUAGUUCAGGCUCCGGCGAACACAUUCAAACAACGGACAUUAGAAAGAGAUGUUCUCUGGGCCACGGUGGAACAUCGGCAGCUGCCCCCUUGGCGGCAGGUGUUUUUGCUUUGGUGCUUGAGGCCAACCCUAAACUCAAUUGGCGUGAUGUGCAGCAUGUUGCUGCCCGGGCAGCUGUCACUGUGAACGAACACGACGGUGAUUACCAAGAAACAGCACUUGGGCUCAAAUACUCCCACAAGUACGGUUACGGUAAGAUUGACGCCGAGAAGCUUGUGGAGGAAGCCAAAAAAUGGAAGGGUGUAAAGCCUCAGGCCUGGUACUACGCCGACACACUCGAGGUGAAUGAAGCUGUCAAGUCUGGCGAAACAGCCGCUAGCGACUGGAUCUCGAGCAGCGUCAAUCUCACUGAGGAUGACUUGAAGCUAGUCAACUUUGAGCGUGUGGAGCACGUCACUGUUACCGUUAACAUCGAGUCGGCUUUCCGUGGCCAAAUCCAGGUGAAAUUGACCUCUCCAAGUGGUAUCGUUAGCAAGCUCGCUGAUCCUCGUCCAUUCGACCAAUCCACUCGUGGACUCAGAGACUGGACUUUCAUGUCUGUCGCUCACUUCGGUGAGAGUGGUGUGGGUGAGUGGAAGCUUGAGGUUUCCAGUUCUCGUGGACAAAACGAGGUGACCCUCAAAAACUGGCAGCUUCGUCUCUUUGGUGAGGUUAUCGACGCAGACAAGGCCGAGAAGUACGACCUCAGCAAGGAUUAUGCUGCGGAGCGUCGUGAAUUGAGCAAAAACAGACCAACUUCCACCUCAGAGACCCUGACCCUGACACUGACACUGACACUGACACUGACCACGGCAGCUGCCCUGAGUACUUCGCUCAUUACCACAAGCAGCACCAGUCAAACAUCGACGGAGACGACGAAGACGGCAACUACUACUGACGGUCACAAAAAGAAGCCAGAAACCGAGAAACCUGAGAAACCAGAGGACAGUUCUGACGAAGAGUCGGAUGACGAGGAUAAGCCCGAGGACGGCAAGCAGGACAACAACAAGCACUAUGCUGCUGACCACGCGGGCCAGUAUUUCAUGGCAUUGGCGGUCCUUGGAUUCCUUAUCGCCAUCAUCACCAUGAAGUGCCACAAGUCUCCAGGCAGUACUAGACGUCGUAGAAGAGACGAUUACGAGUUUGACAUCAUACCUGGCGAGGACUACAGCGACAGUGAUGAGGAAGAGAGAGACCUGCUUGACUUGGAUGGCAGUCGUCAACGCGAGCAGGAGAAUCUUUUUGACGAAUUCAAUGCCGAAACGUUACCAGACUACGACGAUGACAUGUUCCAAAUCGGUGAUGAACACGAAGAUCACGCCGAAGCCCGUGAGCCUGAAGGAAAGGCGCCUACUGGGAAGGAGGAUUCACUGACUACUGAGACCCCUGAAAGCUAUCAUGGUGACAAUGGCAGCCAGGAGCACCUAGUUGAAGAAGGUGAUAGACGAUAA